UUAUUAAAAAUAAUGAGUAAAUGACAGAAAAGCCCCCUGUCAGCUGAGCUUUUUGCGUGUUGCAUGCAGUGCUAAUGCUUUGGUUUAUUGUUAAUACAGCCCCAGACACGUUUCAUGGAGUUCCUUGGAUUUGAGGACAUUUCAAGGAUUUGGGGAUUUUUGUGCUGGUUUUAUGUUUUUCAUACAUCAUUGUUAUGAGAUUUUAUAUCUGAAAAUUUAGCAUCGUGUUAGAUUUUUGUUUCAGAGACACUGUGGGAACAUUGAUGGAUAAUAAAAGCGUGUCUGCAGGAAAGUUAACAUUUUCUUUGGGCCAUAAAUCCACAUAAUACAUGACAAUGACUGCUCCAUUGACCUCAGAGUACCGAAAACGUCCUGCAGGAGGGUGUACAGCCACAUUUUUGCAGUUAGAGUCACACACAACGCUGCAAACAAGUUUCGACACAACUUCCACCAUGAUCACCUCGGCGGCUGCAGCCCGGGCUCUGCGGCUCUCUGCGCUCUGCGCCCGGACACUGCCGGCCGCUCGGGCCGGUCCGGAGCUCCAACACUCGGCCUCUGCAGCCAGGAGACACCUGAACCUCCAGUCGACGUCCACCGAGGCGGGGAAGCUGAAGAGCAUCGAUGACCUCCCCGGACCCAGUUUAUCCACCACUCUGUACUGGUUAUUUAUCAAAGGAUAUGCAGACAGGAGCCACUUACUGCAGGAUGUACAGAGGAAACUUUACGGGCCCCUCUGGCGCUCCAGGUUUGGCCCGUAUGAUAUUGUCAAUGUGGCGACUCCGGAGCUCAUAGCCCAGGUGAUCCGACAGGAGGGGCGUUACCCGUACCGAGCUGAGCUGCCUCACUGGAAGGAGUACAGGGACCUGAGAGGACACGCCUACGGUCUGCAUGUGGACACGGGACCAGAGUGGUACCGAAUCCGCAGUGCCCUGAACCCCAAGAUGCUGAAGCUGCGGGAGGUGUCGGCCUAUGCCCCCAUUAUCCACCAAGUGGUUGGAGAUCUGCUGCAACGCAUGGAGCUCCUCCGAAGUCGCAGCCAGGAUAAGGCCACUGUUUCAGAUAUUGCCUCUGAGCUCUAUAAGUUCGGCUUUGAAGGUAUCUCCUCCAUCUUAUUUGAGACCCGGUUGGGCUGUCUGCAGGAGGAGAUUCCCCAUGAAACUCUGCGUUUCAUCAAGGCGGUCAAUGACAUGCUGACGCUGUCCGAGACUGUGGUCCUCUUCCCCCGCUGGAGCCGCAGCAUCGUCCCCUUCUGGAAACGCUUCGUCCAGGCCUGGGACGACCUUUAUGACGUAGCUCAGACCCUCAUCAACAGGAGGGUUGCUGAAAUUGAAGCACAGAUGUCCAGAGGCGAGCUGGCAGAGGGCAUGUACCUGACCUACCUGCUGUCCUCUGACAAGCUGAGCAGAGCCGAGGUCUACAUCAGCAUCACUGAGCUGCUGCUGGGAGGGGUCGACACGGUGAGAAACACCUUGUCGUGGGCGCUGUACCACUUGGCGAGGGACAGCGGGGCUCAGGAUGGACUGUACAGAGAGGUGAGCUCUGUGUGUCCUGACAGACGGGAGCCGACCACAGAGGACCUGAACAGAAUGCCCUACCUGAAGGCCGUCAUCAAGGAGACGUUACGCCUUUAUCCUGUGGUUCCUGGAAACGGACGCUUUAUUUCGGAAAAUGAGGUGGUUGUGGGGAACUACUGGUUUCCAAAGAGGACUCAGUUCCACCUGUGCCAUUAUUCAGCCAGUCACGAUGAAUCAGAGUUUGUCGACGCAGAGCACUUCAUCCCGGAGCGAUGGCUCCGUGACAACUCGCCCAACACCAAAGGCAAGGCUACGUCCCGCUCCUACCAGCAUCACCCGUACAGCUACAUCCCCUUCGGUGUCGGGGUGCGAGCCUGUGUGGGGAAGAGGGUGGCGGAGAUGGAGAUGCACUUUGCUCUGUCCAGGCUCGUGCAGCACUUUGAGAUCAAGCCUGAACACGGCGCACCAGCGGUGGAGCCGAAAACUCGAACCCUGCUCAUACCUGCAAAGGCCAUCAACCUGCGCUUCCUGCCGAGAGCCUGACGAGCGUCAGCAGCACAGGUGUUUAUUACAAAAACGCCUCAAACAAAUUAUUUUGCACAAUGCAGGUCCAACUCUUGGCCCUUUGAAUACAGCGUAGUGCACAGUAUUUGUGACAUAUUUAACUAGAGCUGCAAAUGUGUGCACAAACUUUUACAGCAGAAAUUUGAUGCGAAUCCUAUGAUGCCUGAUUUCUUUCAAAAACAUAGGAAUAAGGCAAUGAAAGA